AUGGCUAUAAACGCCACUGCCAGUGCUUCAGCUCUGAUGUGCGCCCAGAAGAAUGUCUUCCAGCAGACAUCUCUUCCUCACGGCCAGUACCAUGGGAAAGAGGUCCAGAAACAUGUAGAAGCCUUUCACCUAUCCAAGAAGCAGCUUGUGAAAAUAAAAGACUCCAUGCAGGCAGCCAUGAAAAAGGGCCUAAAAAAGCAGGCUCAAGGUGGAGCAGGUGCUUUACCGAUGUUGCCCACUUAUGUUUGUGCCUUGCCUGAUGGCACCGAGAGAGGACAUUUCCUGGGUCUAGAACUGUCCCAGACUCAGGUGGAAAUUGUGUUGUUGCACCUGAGUGGUGAAGAGAGGCAGACAGCCCAGCUGAAAACGCAGUCCUUUCCGAUCCCUGCAGCGGCCAUUGAUAACAAGAUUUUUGAAUAUAUCGCCAAGUGCCUGGCCAGAUUUUUGGAUGACCUUGACACCACUGAGAAAUACUUUCCACUGGGCUUCUCUUUUCCCUAUCAGUGUGAACAUACUUCACUGAACCAGGUGAAUAGUGCAGUGGCUUGUAAGCUGGUUGAAUGGGCAAAGGAUUUCCAGGCUUCAGGUGUGGUGGGUGAGGAUGUGGUACAACUGCUCCAAAAAGCUGUAAAAGAACAUUGCAAGAACUACUGCAUUGAGAUCUUAGCUGUGGUGAAUGACACCGUGGGAAUCAUGGUGAGCUGCGUUUGUGAAGAGCAGCCCUGUGAGGUUGGGCUGAUAAUAGGUGAAGGGACUAACUGUUGCUACAUGGAACAGGCCAAGAACAUCGCAGGCAUGGAGAACAAAGUGGGCCACAUGUGUAUAAACACAGAAUGGGGCUCUUUUGGGGAAGCUGGAGAACUGGAUGACGUACUAACAGAAUUUGACCAAUUAAUGGAUAAAGAGUCAUUGAAUCAAGGCAUUUGCAGAUAUGAGAAGCUGGUCGGUAGUUUGUACCUGUGUGAGACGGUCCGCAUUAUUCUGGCUACCCUGUCUGAGAAGGGUGAGCUCUUCAAUGGGGUUUUGGCUCCCGGCCUGAUGACCAAAGGGAUACUGAAGUUUCACGAUAUCUUGGAUAUCAUAGAUGAAAAGGUGGGCCUAGCCAAAACCAAGAACUUCCUGACUCGCCAGGGACUGGUGCCGAACAACCAAGACUGUUUCCAUGUGCAGAACAUCUGCCAAAUUGUGUUUCUCCGCUCUGCCAACCUCUGUGCUGCUGGACUGGCUGCCAUCAUUACUCAUAUUCGUACUUCUCAAAACCUGCCACAGCUGAAAAUCGGUGUAGCUGUGUCUGGGGCCUUGUACAGGGGCCAGACACAGUAUCGUGAGAUAGUGCAGCAGACACUGAAGUCCCUAAUUCCUGAGUGUACCUUCACCUUUGUCGCAUCUGAUGGCAGUGGUACAGGGGCUGCCCUGGUGGCAGCUGCAGCCUUGAGGCUUCAAAGCCGGCAGGAGCAGAUGUUUGGAGUCCUAGCACCCUUGCAACUCUCUGUGGGGAUCCUUGAAAAAGUGCGGAACCUAAUGAGACAGGAGAUGGAAAAGGGCCUGUCGAAGGAGACACACAAUAUAGCCGUUGUCCGCAUGUUGCCUACUUUUGUCUGUCAUUUGCCUGAUGGCUCUGAGAGAGGGGAUUUCCUGGCCCUUGAUCUGGGUGGAACCAAUUUUCGAGUGCUGGUGGUGCAGUUGAGAAGCCCGCAGGAGGGUGGUGUCAACAUAACCAGUGAGAUUUAUACCAUUCCAACAGAAGUGGCCCAGAGUAAUGAUAUAAAGCUCUUCGAUCACAUUGUUAGCUGUAUUAUCGAUUUCCAGGGUAUCUUAUUGAGAUGGACCAAGGGCUUCAGUGCCUUGGGCUGUAUAGGGAAGGAUGCCGUGCAGUUGCUGCGGGAGGCAGUAAAACGUCAACAGCACUUUGAUCUAAAUGUGGUUGCCUUAGUGAAUGACACUGUGGGAACCAUGAUGUCAUGUGCCUAUGUGGAUCCCAAGUGCGAGAUUGGCCUCAUCGUUGGGACAGGUUGCAAUGCUUGCUAUAUGGAGGAAAUGCGGAAUGUGGGCACUGUGGAGGGCAAGGAGGGAAGAAUGUGUAUCAACAUGGAAUGGGGGGCAUUUGGGGAUGAUGGCUGCCUUGAAUACAUCAUGACAUCUUAUGAUAAGAAAAUAGAUGCAGCAUCCAUCAACUCUGGCCAACAGAGGUAUGAAAAGCUCAUCAGUGGCAUGUACUUGGGUGAAAUUGUGCGCCAUAUUCUGCUGGAUCUAGCAUCACGCAAGAUCUUGUUUCUAGGCCAACAGCUAUCUGUGCUUAAGACCAAAGACCUCUUCCCCACCAGAUUGUUAACAAUCAUUGAGAAUGGUAGCCAGGGUCUGCAGGAGCUGCAUGCUGCUUUGGAAGAGAAGGGGCUCACAAUAUCUGAAGAAGAUGCCCAACUGGUGAAGGAGGUGUGCCACACAGUGUCUACCCGUGCUGCUAAAGUAUGUGGAGCUGGACUGGCUGCUGUUGUGGAUAAGAUCCGAGAGAAUCGGCAGCUGGAGAAGCUGGAAGUGUCAGUUGGUGUGGAUGGGACUGUGUACAAGCUGCUCCCUAACUUUGCAAGACAGCUUCAGGAGACAGUGGCACUUUUGGCUCCGAAAUGCCAAGUCAAGUUCUUGCUGUCAGAAGAUGGCUCAGGAAAGGGGGCUGCACUGAUUGCUGCUGUGGCCAGCCACAAGAGCACACAACAAUCCACUUAGCCAAGGCUUUCUUGCACGUGUGUGCUUGACAAACA